GCAAGGCAGAUCCGAUACUUGCACGGAACAGCAGAGCGCAAUGCCUCUGGAGCCUUAUUUGUGCAUAGAGACAGUCCUGAAAACAAUCCAGAUACUCCAUUUGAGUUCACACCUGAUAACCUAAAGCGAAUAGAUGCGAUCAUAAACAACUACCCAGAGGGACACAAGUCUGCAGCUGUCAUGGCAGUACUGGAUUUGGCCCAAAGACAGCAUGGAUGGCUGCCCAUAUCGGCUAUGAACAGGGUGGCUGAAGUUUUAGACAUGCCUCCCAUGAGAGUCUACGAAGUAGCAACCUUCUACACCAUGUACAAUCGCAAACCUGUUGGGAAAUACCACAUCCAGGUCUGCACCACCACGCCGUGCAUGCUGCGAGACUCUGACAGCAUUUUAGAGGCCAUUAAGAAGAAACUUGGUAUUAAAGUUGGGGAAACAACAUCUGAUAAGCUCUUCACGCUGACAGAAGUGGAAUGUUUAGGUGCUUGUGUAAACGCACCAAUGGUACAAAUAAAUGACAAUUACUAUGAAGAUUUGACACCCAAAGAUAUUGAAGACAUAAUUGAUGACCUGAAGCUUUGCAAAGUUCCCAAACCAGGCCCAAGGAGUGGACGUUUUUCUUGUGAGCCAGCUGGUGGCCUUACUUCCCUGACUGAACCACCCAAAGGACCAGGUUUUGGAGUUCGAGAUGAUCUCUAAGGAUUUUUGUAAUAUAAGAUGAACUGUCUGAAAAGAAUAAAGUAUCUUCAAUCCCAGUAAAAUUAUGUACAUUCUAAUGUUUUGCUUUUAAAAAUUAACAGUAAUUAGACUAUCUAACUUACUGGGGUUUUAAAUACAGUUUAAUCACAAUUCCAGAUUACAAGAAAAGUGUUCUGUAGACUGUGUGAGGUGACUCUUUGAGCAUGUCCACUUAUGGUCAACGAGAGAUGAAAAGUUGCAUCUUUUGAUCUGUCAUUGAAAAUUUCAGCUUUUUCUAAAGCUCUUUGAAGAAGCAACAAAACUAAAUUACAAAUCUGGCAAAGGCACAAGGAACCAAAAAGAAAGGAGAUCUGACAAAACUUCAUCAAGUUACUUUUAUUGGCAAUUUAUUAUCAAACAAACACACACAAACAAGAAAGGUUAUCUGAGUUGUGUUGUAUAAAAAAAUUAUAGGCUCAGUUAGAAGUGGUUUCUUAAGCUUAAUGCUUCUUAAUAUCAUUCUGUAAUCAGGAAAAAUGUAAAGCCCCAAAGAGCAGCAGUAUUCUACUAAAAGAAUUAAUAGCAACAGACACCAACUAACUUCCUUUGCAAGUUUAUUUAGUACAGACAACGUAUGGAGUUGGGAGAAGACAGAAUACGUUCAACAUGUGCUUAAGGGUAAUAAUAUCUGACACUGGAUCUUUGAUUCACAGAUCCUUCUUUGACCUUAUUACUGUGCACCAUCUACUUGCAAGAACUAAUCUGUGUGAAAUUGAGGAAUUUCUUUCAAUAUAAAAAAGCUGAAGAUAAUUUUUUAAGAAAUGGACUGCAUACUGAUACUUCAUACCUAUGCUUCUAAAACUGGGCAUAUGCUUUAGCUACACAGACAUACAUUUCCAUGUAAAUUAGGAAAUGUGGACACAUCAGUCACCUGAGACAGGCAUAGUGUGUCUGUCUUGCCUCAAACCUGCCAUGGAACUUAUAUUUGUAAAUUGAUGAGAGAGAUGAAGCUUAACUGUAUCAUUUAUAAUUUUAUUCUACAUUAUAUUUAGUUUGUUUUGAUAGUCUAAUUAAUAGUACUUCACCAAACUAUUCUCCCUCUUCAGAGUUAAAUGGUGUUUUUACAGAUUACCUGCAUAAUGGCCAUGUCAUGUAGUCUAUUCAUGCACCACCAUUUCAGCACGCUCUGUGAAGUUCCUUCACGUGCCAUUAAAAAAGCAGUAUUACUGUUGGUAGUUUUGGGAACAUAAUAGAGCUAUAAACCAUUUGUAUGAGAAACUUGCUAUCUCUUCCAUAUUACUAUAUUUAUAAAAUGAAAUAAUUGCAUGGAAAAUGGAAAAGAAAAUUCAAUAAAUACAUACAACUCAUAA